AUGUCGUUCAGGAAUAUAUUCGCAGGGUGCCUGGGCCUACUCGUCAUCACCGGCAGCAUCGGCAAUGGUUUGGUUAUCAUUGUCACAGCAAUAGAUAGAAAACUGCGAACGCUUUCGCACAACUUAAUCGCUGCUCUCUCCAUUACAGACUUAAUAAUCUGCGGCUUCUUUUUGCCGAUGUGUGUGAUUCGCAUCCUGGACAUCGAUAAAAACAGGCGCGUGUGCUUUCUGACAUCAUUCCUUUCUCCCAUAUUGACCAUUCUGUCGACACAGAUACAGGCCAUUCUCAGCGUGGCUCGUUACAAGAUCACGACGUCUCGAAGAAAAAUGUCGCCGACGUUCCACAAAGUGGUUUAUGGAGCCCUGGGACUCUGUGUCAUUUUCGAUGCGGGGUUGUAUUGCACCUUUGUGGUUCCAGGAGGAAACAUUAAAUAUAACCCUUACCUGGGACUGUGCACUCGGGAGAAGCCAGUGUUUCCUGGUCAGCCCAUCAGUUUCGUUGUGCUAUUUUACCUAGCUGCUGUUAUUGCCAUCAUAUUUUACAUUAAAAUCAGACAAUUUGUCGCCAAGUAUUCCUUUUCCCUCAACAGAAAGCAGCAACGUCAAAACAGACUCACCAGACUUCUCUUUCGUUUAUUCAUCGCCUGGACAACCGGAUACAGUUUUGUCAUCCUUAUUCGCUUUUUGGACCGACAGGUCAGCUUUUCACCGCUUAUGUACCAAGCAGCUUAUUUCAUUCUCUGGGCAAAUUCCUGCGCCAACCCCAUCAUGUACAACUCGAACAACGAGGAAUUCUCCACGGCGUUCAGAAAUCUCAUGGGAAAGAGAGAGCCUGGUGAACAGUUUAAGGGUCAGCUGCUAUCUACCAGUUCUUCUAUGUUGACACGAAGCAAAAGUGAGACCAAGAGCAUAAACAAGACUAAAAACGAAAUUUGA